AUGUCUCAUCAAAACACUCAGCCCUACGGCACAAUCUCCAAUGGCGAAAGCAGAGCAGAAAACGGCAUCUCCUCUCACAGCGAUGAGACGCAGGCUCUGCUUGGGCCAAAGCCGGGAUCUAGAUCGUGGCUGCGCAAGAGAUUAGGUGCUGAUGUCCGACGGGACUGGGCCGAUGUGAUGCUUCUGGCGUGUUAUAUCAUAACAGGCAUUCUCGACAGCGCGUCCAUAUCUACAUGGGGCGCUUUUGUCUCCAUGCAAACUGGAAAUACUGUUUAUCUUGGUCUUGGUCCAACAGCGGGAACAAACCGGUGGAAAAAGUCUGGAUCAUCAAUCCUGGCCUUUUGCAUCGGUUCUUUCUUCUUCAGCCGUCUUCACAGGGUCUUCACGCCAACCCCAAGACGCAAAUGGGUUUUCUGCGUAUCUUUUGGCAUCCAGACAGCUUUCAUCAUCGCAGCGGCAUCAAUCGUGACCUGGGGCCCCAAGGGUGCUGGCCCGGACGACGUACCCUGGUACGUAAUUGUACCAAUCGCCCUCGUCGCGUUUCAAAGCUGCGGGCAGGCCGUCGCCAGCAGAGCCCUCAAGUUCAACGCCCUCACGAGCGUCGUGCUGACCAGCAUCUACUGCGACCUGUUCUCCGACGCAGCACUAUUCGAGAGCGUGUUCGCCAACGCUGAGCGAAACCGUCGAGUUGCAGCACCGGCUCUGCUCCUCAUAGGCGCCGUGAUUGGAGGAAUUAUUGCCAAGAGCGAACUGGGAACUUCUGGGGCGCUUUGGUUAGCUGCUGUGCUGAAAGUGCUCGUUAUGUUUGGUUGGGCCGUGUGGCCUGCAGAUGAAGAGGGGUCCUGA